CAUGAGCGACAUGGCAUUCGGCUCCCCCACCGCCCGCUCGUCCGGCUGCCCUGGCCGACCAUCGGGCUGCGUCUCCAUCGACCAUCGGCUGCAUUCGGCUGCUUUGGUUGUCAAAGCUCGACAGUCUGCGUCCACCUCAGUGCCUCGUCCAUUUGAACUCCAUUUGACAUCCAUUUGCCCUCCACUUGACACCUCCUCGGCCUCCGUCCAUCGCAUUUCGCACCCCACUCUCCGCCCCCAUUUGACAUCCAUCUGACACUCAUCCGACAUCCAUCCGACAUCCACCGCCGCCGGCGAUACCUUCAUUUGCUCUACUUCCCUCUGCUGUCCUCUGGCCCAUGGCUGCUCGCAUUGGCUGCAGCGGGCGUUGUCCCCAGUCCCGUUGCGUCUGCACCGACGACGGCUCCUCCCUCGAGUCGCUCUUCUUGGUGGUCGACCUUAGUAUCGACUACCUGGGCCCUGUCGAGUGGACCAAGCUCGGCGCUCUCUCGAGCAAGUCCCGCCGGGUUCUCUCGGCCCCCAUGUACUGGAGAAUCAUCUUCCGCAACUACUUUGGCCUCUCGGUUGUUCCGUCGCUGGAGGACCCGCCAUCUCGUCCAGAGCAAUCUCUCCGCUCGCAACAACCCCUCCACCGGCCUGCCCAGCAAUGGCUUCACCGGAUUGUCGUCGGUGCCGAUGCCUUUCUCAACCGCUUGGGCAGCGUCCCAUACCCUUGCGAGUCGCACCUCUGGAGGGCUGUGUCCAGGAGCCCAGUGCUCCUCGCCCAGGUCAAGACCAUGUGCAUGGCCCACGAGCCGCUGCUCUUCCGUCGCUGGCCUCACUCCCAUCUCCUCGGCAGCGAGCGACCCCGCCGUCUCUACGAAUGGGAGCGCCAUGGGACUCUGCCGGACUCGGUGGGCCUGUAUGAGAUGGCGAGCUAUGGCCUCUACGGCUGCCAGCUCGUCGAAGUGCCAGAGACCAUAUGUUUCUGGAACCCAACGAAGCUCAUCAUCUCCUCCAAAUGCCUCAAGCGCCUGCCCCUGUCGAUGGGCUGCAUGCUGACGACGCUGGAGCAGCUUGCUGUGUGCUUUGCCCCCUUUACCCACCUUCCUGAAUCCUUUGCAGUGAGGACCUCGCUGCCGGUGUUGCAGUCCGCCAGCCCCGGAUGCGACAGAUCCGCUCGUGAAUCCGCCGGCGAUCCAAAUGAGCCUACGGUCGAAGCAAACGACCUGGCUGUGGUGGAGCAUCCGUUGCCAGAGCAUUCCUUGCCGAAUCGUCUCGUUGCGACACUCCAUUCCCCGCCUCCGAGUGUCGGCUCGCUGGAUCCGCCCUUGAAGCUGCUCGAUCUCGCCGGCAGCUCCCUCCUCGAGUCGAUCGACCCCAUCGCCGGCCUCGGACGCUUGACCCAGCUCAGUCUCUCUGGCUGCAAAUCGCUCAGUUCAAUCACAGCCCUUGUGAAGCUGUCGGCCCUCACCAGCCUCAACCUAGAAGGAUGCUGCCAACUCACCUCGUUGGCUCCGCUGUCGGGUCUGCAGGCCCUUGCCGACCUGACGCUGACGGGAUGUGUGGGCCUGGAGAGCAUCGAUCCGCUCGCAGGCUUGAUCCGGCUCGAAAACCUGUUUCUGAACGACUGCAUCGCCCUCCGAUCGAUCGACCCCAUCGUGGCACUUCCGCGACUGGCGAUACUCUCGAUUUCGGGCUGCUCGGCACUCGAGCCCAGCAGCAAAAUGGGUAGCAUGGUAUCGCUGAGGGAGCUGGAUGUGCAUCUCUGGAACCGCCUGGACAAUGUCGAAUGGGUCGCGGGCCUGAAGAACCUCAGGCGGCUCAACCUGGUCAGCAGCUCGCGACUGCGGUCCCUGGCGCCGCUGGAACAUGCGACCAGCCUGCAGGUCGUUUUGUUGGGCGGAUGCUGCCUGCUUGACUCGCUGGAGCCGCUCGGUCGACUGCCGGCUCUGCGGCUCGUGGUUCUGUGCCCGGAACAUCAGAUCCAGAACCAGAGCGGCUGCAUCGAGCAGCUGUCGGCGAUGCGAGACGAGGCGGACAGGGCGGCGAUCCGGUAUAUGUGCUAUGCACACUGCCAUUGCGGCUAGCGCCCGAAUGACAUGGCUGUGCUGUGGAUCGUGCGUUGCAGAUCACCGGUUGCGGCUGCCAGUUGUGGCUGUCGGUUGUGGCUGUCGGUUGUGUAUCAUAAGUUGUGUAUCAUAAGUUGUGUUGUCGAUUUGUGUCUAAUUACCCUUGACUUUGUUGGCCAUCGAGUGUCUGUCGCAUGAAAUAGAGCCUGCGCGAUGCACUUGGCUGCCUUCGCUCGUCAUGACUGAC